AUGUCAUCAAACAUACUAAGAAAGGCGUAUAAUAAAAGACCAUCUUCCAUUAUAUCUCGCUACCAGUCAAUUUCCAAGCUUUUCCUCUCUUCUUCUAAUCCCCAAAUUCAAUCCACCGAUUUCUACUCUUCCAUCGAUAAACCACAACAUCAUGCCUCCAAGUUUGAAUUUCUAUCGAAGAAUGCAUCUGGGGUUUCUUUAGCUUCGAAUAAAAGAUUGAAUUUCUCAUGUGGGUGUAGCUUGAACAAUACACGGCUGUUGUUCAGUACACAAGCAGCUGUACAGCCGUCCACCGCCGAUGGACUUACUGUAGACGCCAUUGUCGCUAACCAGUGGACGAUUCUUGAUGAGAGUGAGAGUGACUGGAAGAGUCAUGCAUCUGCAAUUGCUCAAUCCAUUCGCCUUAUCAAGAAACGGUUGCAGUGGGAGAAGUUAAAAGUAAGAUUAGAGAUGCUAUCGUUUCAGUUGGAAAAACCUGAUCUAUGGGAUGAUCCUGUUCAUGCUGGGAAAAUAAGCCGUGAACAUGGGUCACUCAUGGGUAAAAUGAAGUUAGUUAAUGGACUUGAGCAAGAAUUAAUCGAGCAUAUUGACAUGAUCAAGCUGGCUCGUGAAGAAGAAGAUCAUGAUUUGGAAUCUGAAUCGGUAAAAGCAUUAUUGAAGAUGAGACAAAGUGUGAAAGAAAAAGAGCUUGAAGCUUUGCUAGCUGGGGAACAUGAUUCUUGUUCUUGUUACAUAGAGGUUCAAGCGGGGGCAGGUGGGACCGAGAGCAUGGAUUGGGCGGGUAUGGUGAUGCAAAUGUAUAAAAUGUGGGCUGAACGCCGUGGAUAUGGUGUUACAGUUGUGGAUGAAAUGCGUGGUGAGAUAGCAGGAAUUAAGCGGGCGACAAUCAAAGUAGAUGGUGAAUACGCAUACGGAUACGCAAAAGCCGAAGUCGGGGCCCACCGUUUAGUUCGUAUCUCACCAUUCGAUGCCGCCAAGCGCCGCCACACUUCCUUUGCCGCCGUGGCGGUGACACCCAUUUUAGGUGACGGAUCUCACCAUGUUCAGAUCAACGAAUCAGAUCUCAGAAUAGAAAGAUACCGAUCUGGUGGGGCCGGAGGCCAACAUGCCAAUGUCACAGACAGUGCUGUAAGGAUAACUCACAUACCUACCGGAAUCACCGCCGCCUGCCAAAACGAAAGGUCACAACACCAGAACAAGGCCUCGGCAAUGGCGGUGCUACAAUCGCGAUUGGAUCAACGAGAGAUGGCUCGCCAGGCGCAAAUGAAUUCACAAUAUACGCAGUCUUUAACGGAUAAUAGUUGGGGAAAUCAAAUACGAUCUUAUGUACUACAUCCUUAUCGAAUGGUGAAGGAUCUUCGGACGAAUUUUGAGGUUUCAGACACUGAUUCAGUACUUGAAGGUGAAAUUGAUGACUUCAUCUUGAGCUUUCUAACAGACUCCAUGGAUAAAGAAAAUGAGUGAGGUAUAAGGAAAACAUGUUCAAGCUUCACAUAUUAUCAUAAAUGGUGGCCAGCCUAGUGACCAUUUGAAGAAAUGGGGAAGCUUCCAUUGCUACUUAUGGUAGGAGAUAUGGUUGCUUCUCAUGGCCAAAGUUGGUAAUUGAUUUGACUCAAGUCAAAUGAUUUUGCUAGUGCAUUGUAAUGACAUCUAUUCGAUAUGAAAAUCGCUUAGACACUCAUUUUGUAUCAAAGUAAUUGGAGAUUAUAAUACGCAUAGAAAUUUCUAUC